AUGAGACGACGGAAGAAAGGAAGGUCCAAAGAUGUAGAAAAGGUACUAGAGAUCAGGACUUAUCAAUUAGUUUCUUAUCCCGAGAUUCAACGAGCCACAAACAAAUUUAAUGGAUCAAAUUUAAUUGGUGUGGGAAGUUCUGGCUAUGUGUACAAAGGUGCGUUAUUUGGUGAAACUAUGGUGGCAAUAAAGGUUCUGAAUUUACAAGAUGAGGAACUAUACAAAAGGUUUGAUACUGAAUGUGGAGUGAUGAGAAACAUUAGGCAUAGAAAUCUUGUAACAGUGAUUACUUCUUGCUCUAGUGAACACCUAAGAGCAAUUGUUCUGGAAUAUAUGCCAAAUGAAAGUCUUGAUAAUUUGUUGCACAGAGAAGAAUGCCACUUGAACCUUCUUAAAAGAGUCACCAUAAUGCUUGACGUGGCUAUAGCAAUUGAAUAUCUACAUCAUGGCCAUGACACUCCGAUAGUUCAUUGCGACCUAAAGCCAACCAAUGUUCUUUUGGAUGACGCUAUGGUGGCUCACGUUGGUGAUUUCGGCAUCUCUAAGAUAUUGGUUGUAAGCAACUCAAUGACACAUACCAAGACAUUAGGCACUCUUGGUUACAUUGCACCAGGGAGGUUUUUUCGCCAUUCCAAAAAGCCCCCUUUCCCGAUUCAACCCACCACCAUUUAUAGGGUUUUUGAUCUUUUGGCGUUGAAGAAAGAGGGAGGAGCGGGAGAGAGAGAAGAGCGGGGAACAAAGAGGGAAUGGGGUGACAGACGCGUGGGGGACAGGGAGGAAUGGAAAGGCAGUGGCGUGGGGAGACAAGGGAAGGUGGGAAAGAUGAGCGAUGACAGAGAAGAGAAGAGGGAAAGAGAGAGAGAACAGGGAUGGGGGUGGUGUGCGGCGUGUAGAGGGAGGUUUUUUCGCCAUUCCAAAAAGCCCCCUUUCCCGAUUCAACCCACCACCAUUUAUAGGGUUUUUGAUCUUUUGGCGUUGAAGAAAGAGGGAGGAGCGGGAGAGAGAGAAGAACGGGGAACAAAGAGGGAAUGGGGUGACAGACGCGUGGGGGACAGGGAGGAAUGGAAAGGCAGUGGCGUGGGGAGACAAGGGAAGGUGGGAAAGAUGAGCGAUGACAGAGAAGAGAAGAGGGAAAGAGAGAGAGAACAGGGAUGGGGGUGGUGUGCGGCGUGUAGAGAAUUUGGCUCGGAGGGGAUAGUGUCCACAAAAUGUGACGUUUACAGUUAUGGCAUCAUGUUGAUGGAGGUUUUGGCAAAAAGAAGACCAACAGAUAAAGGGAUAUUCAAUGAAAAUCUCGGCUUGAGGGAAUGGACAAGACACGCAUUUUCAGGGACUAUGAUGGAAUUUGUGGAUGCCAAUCUUUUUCAUGAGGAAGAACAAGUCAAUACCAAAAGUGAAAUUUGCAUAGCCUCCGUGAUAGAAUUGGCUUUAGAUUGCACAAAGGAAAAGCCAGAAUCAAGAAUAACUACGAAAGAUGUAGUCAACAGGCUUAGCAAAAUUAACAAAACCUUUUUGGGAACAUAG